CUCAGAAAACCCAAAACGUCAGCAUUGUUUCUUGUUAUCUUUUGCCGUUUUUAAUCGUGUUCGUCGCCUCCAUAAAAAUUGCGAUAUUACUGAUCGGUCAAACCUAAUUUUCUACUAGCGUUCAUAUCAACAGGUUCAUUCUUUUAAACGUGUCUACUAAGAAGUCAUACAUACUUUGUUAGUGGAAGUCAGACUGCUUCAUCUAGACUUUUGCAUUUCUUUUCGAAAAAGUUAAGAGGAAGAAGUUCCUUGAAAUCUGAUCAGUGAUCAGGUAACAAGCGGCCCUUGGAUUUGUCUUAAACGGCAACGUUUGUAUUUGCUGCUGUGAAUAACCAUAAGAUUAGGUUCAGCCAGAAUGUCUGGGAAAAGUAUUAUGAACAAAUUUCUGCUCCGGAAUAUUGUGCGGAUGAUGAUAAACUGCUCGUAUAUAUGUACGUUUUACAUGAUGAUCCUCUGUCUGCUGGACACGGCAGGGGUAGGCGCUAACAAAUUACCAGAGGAAGACAUCUCAAUGGUGACGGAGCUUAAUAAACCAGAUGUGGAAAGCAGCGGCAGCCCAAACGAGAAGAAAAGUGGUGGUUUCUUUAACUCGGAUGUGGGCUUCAUACAUGCGUUUGUUGCAUCGUUCUCUGUUAUAAUCGUUUCAGAGCUAGGCGACAAAACGUUCUUCAUUGCCGCCAUUAUGGCCAUGCGCCACCCUCGGCUAACCGUGUUCACUGGAGCGAUUGCUGCGUUAGCGCUCAUGACGGUUCUGUCGGCUGUGUUUGGAAUGGCAGCUACCAUAAUUCCGCGGGUUUAUACGUAUUACAUUUCGACGGCACUGUUUGCUUUAUUCGGAUUGAAAAUGCUCAAAGAGGGCUACUACAUGUCUGCAACCGAAGCUGCCGAAGAGUUAGAGGAGGUGCAAUCUGAUCUCCGAAAGCGGGAAGACGAGUUAAUACGAUCGAUGAACAAUAACCGCAAGGAGACAGUUGAGCUGGUCCUCCUGAAUGAACAAGACAGUAGUAGCAAGGCAUUAACCUCACCCGACCGUACCGGCGGAAGUACACUGAACGGAUCGAUCCAUUCACUCGUCUCGAAUCGCCACGAUCUGCCUCAACCGAUUCGCAUGUCCGUAUCGACAUCCCAGUUGCAAGCAUCGAAUCUCCAUCUCGCUAGUCAUCAUCUCAAUGAUAGCAUAAACAGUAUUAAUAGGAAUAAGCAUGGUUCGUCCAAAAGUCUUGCCGUAACGGUCGGUGAGCAGAACAAGCAACGCCAGCGGGCACGGUCGGGGAUCGUGGCCAACGGUGGAAUCGGUACAGGCACCACAGUCAACGGUACAGUACCGAACGGAUUAACCGAUGCGAACGAAAUUGUGACGUCCGGUUCAACCGGUUCUCUCGGCCAAAACAAACGGCUGGAGAAGGAAGCUUCUGCAACGCUAAUUCAAGAUGCUGAAACUGGAGUGAUACGCAAAAACAAGCAACAAACGGCGAUGAAUCUGUUGGUACGAAUCUUCAUGCAGGCAUUCACGAUGACGUUUCUGGCCGAAUGGGGUGACCGUUCCCAGCUCACCACAAUCAUUCUAAGUGCCCGCGAAAACGUGUACGGUGUGAUCAUUGGAGGUGUUAUUGGUCAUGCGAUUUGUACUGGACUGGCUGUCAUUGGAGGGCGAAUGAUUGCACAGAAAAUUUCCGUUAGAACAGUGACCCUAAUUGGAGGAGUUGUUUUUCUGUUGUUCGCAGUGAGUGCACUGUUCUUCAGUCCGGAAGAGGAAGAACCGGUGAAGGUUUCGCCCUAGUGUGAUACAUUUUUUUGUGUUGAAAACAAUCUUAGUCAAGAAGAUGACCCAAUCUUAAGUAUUCGAUUUAAGUAAAAGUGAAAAGUUACGUAUUGCUGUGUGCUCUUCAAAGUUUAUAAAUUUAUAGUCCAUCCAACACGUGAAUCGCAAAAAAAUAGACACAAAUUCGUUCCUAUUUGGACAUAUAAACAAUAUACAUUGGAUUAUUAUUAAAAAUAUGAUUAUAAAUUGGAUGCUCAUGCAAAUCAUUAUCGAUUGUUUUCUUUUCUAAUAUACAGAUCAGCAAAGAGUAAAAAUACAGUGAUUCGAAUAAAAUUUCUACACUGUGCUGUUCCACGUAUAAUUUCCACAUAUUCUAUAGGAUUUUCUAUAUUUGCAUGGGACAAUUGUUCGUAGAACAACAGUACAUCUGCCUGAUCAGUUUGCUUGCCACUCUAACCAUAUAAAAUAUCCUUUAGUCGCUGAGAAUUCCUCAUAACUGUGUACGGUAGUUUGUAUGAAGAGUAGUUUUGGAUGACUUUUUGGGCGAUAAAAGUAAAGUCAAACGAGAAAACAAUUAGUUCAUUGUCGAUUUGAGCUGCCCAUUACAGUAGUAUUGUUGGUAGUAAAAUGUGUAAAUGAGUAAAGAUAGUAUUGAUGCACUGUAUAAAAUACCCCAGAAGAGACCAUUUGAAUUAAAAAAUAUAUAUACUUGAA